AUGGGCUGGCUCUGGUCAACAUCGCCGUCAGAGCCUACGACCGAAGAGAAAGAGAAGCGUACGCCCGCGCCUCCAACAGAACAAUCCUCCGCCCCAAAUGAACCGGUCGAUCCAGAAAUCCAAAAGUUCUUCGACCUCUUCAAAGCAGAACCAGAACAAAAAACUCCCUCCAAACAACAACCCGGCCCCUCAUCUUCAGAAAAUGAAUCCUCAUCAUCAUCCAUAACCUCUUGGCUUGCCCUCAAAGCAUCCGCGAAAUCCACCGACAAAGAAGUUCCCGACGCCCCGAUUGGCGAUGCUCUCUCCGAAUCCCUCCUUCCCACCGACAUGAGCUGCCGACAGGCCUUCGACCUGGCCUGGAGUUGCAACGGGCUCGGCGGCCAGUUCAACUCGGUCUACCGCUACGGUAACAUGCGCUCCUGCAGCGAGCACUGGGACGACUUUUGGUUCUGCAUGCGCACAAAGUCUUACACCGGGGAGUUGAAGGCCAACAUGGUCAGGACACACUACCGCAACAAAGCACACAGGAAGUACGGUGAUGGGAAGCCAAGCAGCGAGGAUGUUUGGGACAGUAGGGCCGAGAAGAUGCCGCCUGGUUCCGCGUUUAACCUGCCCGUUGAUGCGCCUAGUGUAGGAGAUGAGGAAUGGAGGCGGAUGGAGCAGGAGAGGAGGAACGGUGUGCGAAAGGAUAUGGGCUACGAGUGA